ACUAAGUCGGCCUAAUUCAUUUUAAUUGGAAUCAGUGGUCAUUUAUUCCUUCUUAAGCACAAUUGUUGCAGUACUCGCACGUUUCAUCUUUUCACAAUGAACGCUUUUUUUAUGGCGUACUUCUUUUGUAUCUUUUUUUUGUAUCUCUUCACUUCCGGGGUCGGCGUGCGCGUCGUGCUACGUCAUCGCGUCGCGCUCAGACGCUAUGGCGCUUCCUGAUUGGAUUGUAACGUUGGCGGCCGCCGCAUCUUUCAGCUUUCUCUUAUAUUUAUGUGUUGUCCACAGACGCAAAGGACGAGUUCUGUGCAGAAAGCUCUUGAGCAAAGUAAUGGCGCGCUCAGAGAAGCCGUUGUUCCGAAUCGCGUACGCGCUGUACACCAAGACCAGACUGGGCUACAUGUUCUACAAGAGACAAAUGAGGAAAGCCCGAGAAGACUUCCCUGCUGGUCACUCUGCGGCUCAGCCCACGGAGAUGGACGGUAUCAAAAUAAUUCCAAUCCCCGUCCUGUCCGACAACUACAGCUACCUUGUGAUCGACACGGCCUCCAGCGUCGCGGUUGUGGUCGACCCGGCAGACCCUCAAACGGUUCAGGCAGUUCUCGAGGAAGAGGGAGUCACUUUAGAAGCAAUACUCUGUACACACAAGCAUUGGGACCACAGUGGGGGAAACAAAGGCUUGAAAAGGAUUCACGCCGCAUGCAGAGUUUAUGGAAACGCAGCCGAUAACAUUCCUGGCCUCACGCACCCCCUGUCGCACAAGGACUCGGUGACGGUCGGCCGCAUGCACUUUAAGGCGCUCUUCACCCCUGGACACACCGUGGGUCACAUGAUCUACCUCCUGGAUGGCCAGGCGGUCGACGCGCCCGCCAGCCUCUUCUCUGGUGACCUGGUCUUCCUGUCGGGAUGUGGGAGGAUGUUUGAAGGCACCGCCACAACUAUGCUGUCCUCUCUGGACACAGUGGCCUCUUUAAGUGAUGAAACUCUGCUUUGGCCUGCUCACGAGUAUGCGGAGGACAACCUCCUGUUUGCGGCUGAAGUCGAGCCUCGCAACGCCGCCAGGGAAGAGAAGUGUCAGUGGGUCCUGCAGCAGCGGAGCCAGAAGCUGUGCACGAGUCCUUCCACCAUCGGCGAAGAGCGGCAGUACAAUCCCUUCCUGCGCAGCCACGCCGCCGAGCUGCACCUGGCCCUCGGCGUCCAGCAGCUGCAGGAUGAAGACUGGACCCAGUUCAGAGCCCGCGUGCUGGAGGAGCUGCGUAGAUGCAAAGACCUCUUCAACCGGAGAUAGAAGCUCCACCAAAUGAGCCGAGAGGACUUCUGGCUACGAGGUCCCGGAUGGGAGGUGGAGCUGUUCAUGGAGAGGGCAUAAAGUCACCUUUGACCUUUUUAUCAACCACUAGGAACAUAGUCACAACUUUAUUUUUCCUUGACACUAAUCAAAGACUUACCUCCACAUUUUUAUAAUAAGUAGAUUUUUGAACAGAGCUCAAUUAUUUCUGUGUCAUCGAGGCAUUAACUCGUUUCUAUCAAGUCAUCAAGUCGGAUCCUGUUGAGUGAAACAGCGCUGCAUUCUGCAACAGUUCAUUUUAGCAUGUUUAGCUAAAUGUAUUUUUUGUUAAUUAUUUCAAGUAAUUCAUUGUUUAAUUCAUUUCAUGAAAGUUAUGAUUUUGGGACCUGAGUGAGUAUUUCUUUUAACUUUUUAACAAGUACAGUAAAAUCACGUCUUGCUGUUGGUACGACUAGAACAAUGAACCUUUCGUGUGCUGAAGCCGAGAGCCGUUUAGUUGUUAAAGAGAUGUUGAUUGUGCUCAUAGUGUUUAAUUCUUCUUCUUUACUCUGGGGCCCACAGGUGUUGGAGGUGGAAAACAUGUUUUCCAAUUCAACACUUGUUUGUACCUCUCGGCAUAUUAGGAAGGCAGAAUGAGUAUGAUUGGCAGGUUGGGGGUGUGUAAACAUAAUAUUCAAAGCUGACCCCUUUUCCCCCGGGCUCAACAACACGAGAACCCCCCCCCCCCCCCCCCCCCCUCUCCUCCAAAAAGCCAAUCCCAGAUGUAUUGGCUUCGUCCGCCCUGCGUUGUGUUUAUUUAGUGUUGCACUGCGAGAACAUGAAGAACCUUCGUGAAGGACACGGCGCCUUUAAUGAAACCUGAAGAAUCCAGCAAACUGAACACUUAAGUCUCCAUUAUCCCUUUUCCUAAUAUUUAAGAGUACAAUGAUGAUUCAUUUUCUUACAUACGAGACCAAUAUUUCAUAUCCAACUCAAAAACUCUAAAAACUGUACAUAUGUAUUUUUUUUAAUAUAUUGGAGGGUACUUUACGCUGUGAUGAUGCAAAUGAUUCUUGUACAAUAAACAGUCUUCCUCCCACACGCA